UCUUUAAUGAAUGUAUAAUGUACCAACAAACAAUAAAAAAAGGGAAUAGUAUUAAUGACUCAUUUGGUGAAAACAGUUUUAUUGGAAUUUUCUUCUAAUUAAGUAAGGAUGUUUUCAAGUGGGCCCAAUUAUACAAAGCUAAAGACCAAUUUAAAAUUGGCCCAAAAUCGUUUAAAAUUAUUGGAGAAAAAAAAGACAGAAAUCGCUCAAAAAUCACGUAAAGAAAUAGCUGAUUACUUGUCUACUGGAAAAACGGAAAGAGCUCGGAUUCGCGUAGAGCAUAUAAUCAGAGAAGACUAUCUUGUCGAAGCUAUGGAAGUAGUAGAAAUGUAUUGCGACUUAAUAUUGGCUAGGUUUGGCUUAGUUACGCAAAUGAAGGAGCUGGAUGAUGGAAUAGCUGAGGCCGUUUCUAGUUUGGUGUGGGUGUGCCCUCGUAUGCAAAGUGAUAUAGCUGAAUUGAAAGUAAUAUGCGAUAUUUUUGUGCAAAAAUACGGUCCUCAAUUUGCUGAAAGUGCACGCACUGCUACUGGAGAUCAUCGUGUUUCUGAGAAGUUAAUGCAUAAAUUACAACUUCAAGCCCCUCCAAAGCUAUUAGUGGAAAAAUAUUUAAUUGAAAUUGCUAAAAAUUACAAUAUUGAAUAUGAAGCAGAUCCUCAAAUUAUGAACGAAGAUAAGGAGGAAGGGAAAGAUCAUUAUUUGAUUGAUUUGUCAGAUCGGAAUAAUUUAGGCGGCAAAGGUUCUUCAGCACCACCUCAAAUGGGCUUUAUAGGAUAUCCUACAGUGCCUCCUCUACCCCAAAUGCCGCCGCCACCCUCCAAUAAACCUUUUAACUAUCCUCCUUACGAUGGAGCCAAAGGUGCAGGCGGAAAUUCAAAUCAAUCUCCGUUUAACUAUAAUAUACCACCUAACACAUCACCCACGCAAAUUAUCGACGAAAAAAAGGAUUUAAAUACGCAAUUCAUAAAUGAAGAAUCUAGUAAUGAAUUAAUAUCUUCAACGUCAUCAACACCUAUAAAUUACGAUGAUAAUGACCCGCAAGGAUUUAAUCAAAAUGUUUCGCGUUCACAAAUGCACAACGAUCCUCCACCAAGCUAUACUUCUAUUAAUCGUGUUAAUUUUCAGAAUGUUAAUAAACCAAAACCUCAGCCACGUGGAAAAUUGCCGCCAGCUGCAAAUCCUAGAGAUUUGCCAUCUGCAGAAUUACCGCAGUUGCCCAAUGUACCUCUGGAUUUACCAGACGCACCGUCAGAGGAAAGUAAACCUGAUAAUGAUGAUAUUGACUUUGAUGACUUGGCUCGACGUUUUGAGAAUCUUAAAAAGCGAAAAUAAAAGCCAACGACGUCAUAUAGAUACAUAUACGCAUAUAUA